CGGUGGGGGGGCCGGCGGGGAAGUUGGUCGGUGACACGACGGGGAAUGUGGGGAAGACGGUUAGUGGAGCGACGGGAGGGCUGGGCAAGACGGGGGAGGGGGGGGGGGGGCCGGCGGGGAAGUUGGUCGGUGACACGACGGGGAAUGUGGGGAAGACGGUUAGUGGAGCGACGGGAGGGCUGGGCAAGACGGUCGGGGAUACGACGGGGGCGUUGGGGAGGGGCGAUGUUAGUGGGGUGGCGAGUGGGGCGACGGGUGGGGUGGGGAAGACGGUGGGUGGGACGGGGAAGGGGUUGGGGGAUACGGUGGAGGGGCUGGGGGAUAAUGUUGGGGGGGUGAUGCCGAAGAGGGCGGGGCAGGCGGUGGGUGGUGUUACGAAGGGAGUUGGUGAUACCGUGACAGGUGUUACUGGUGGUCUGGGUGAGGGAGUGGGGAAUCUGGGUAGGGGUGAUGUUGUUGGAGGCGUGGGAUCUGUUGUUGGUGGUGUCGGAAAGGGUGUAGGUGGGCUUGGAAAAGGUGUUUGGGGAGGAAUCUCGGGGAGUCAAAAGAAGGAGGAGGAUACUGAGGAUGUUAAAAAAGAGGCGGAGGAGAGCAAACCAGAAGAGCAACCAACCGGAGGCAAAAACAGUUUCUUCUAAUUUGUGUCUUGUGCUACUAUUUCUUCACAUCUCUUAGCAACGUAAUGUUUGAAAUAUACAGAUUGCAUCCUGGCCUAUCGAGAUCACUCUAGUCACGUCCUAAGAUGCCUGUCGAGAGCUACAACUUCCCGGGGAUGUACAGUUGUAUUUGUACAGUGCUAGAGGUUUGACGACAUUCAAUGUGUUUGAGGUCUCUUGAAGCUUCGGC